UAGACCGACAGCCGGAUCUUAUCCCCUUCAUUCUCGCUAACCACCCAAUCGCCUCCCCCUACGGCGGCGCGUCUAUGGAGGACCUCUACUCCAACCUCCAUUACUGGCUGGUUGAUCAUCCAACCAUCACUCACUUCCAGUGGAAACCCAACCAAACAUGGGGUGCCUCCCCCCUCUUUCUCUCCCUAACCGUCCUCGCCUACCUCCUCCUCACUUUCGUCCUCCGCCGGGCCUCUCUCCCCACCCUCAAUUCCACUUUCCUCCGCCUUAUCUCCGCCCUCCACAACCUCAUCCUUCUCAUUCUUUCCCUAAUCAUGGCCGUCGGUUGCUCCCUCUCCGCCCUCUCCCAGAUGCCAAACCACCGUUGGAUCUUCUGCUUCCCGCCCAAUCAAACCCCUCCACGUGGACCCGUCUUCUUCUGGGCUCAGAUCUUCUACUUCUCCAAACUGCUUGAAUUCAUCGACACGCUCCUCAUCAUCCUCAGCGGCAGCAACCGACGGUUGUCCUUCCUCCACGUAUACCAUCAUGCGGUGGUCGUUGUCAUGUGCUACUUGUGGCUCUCAACGUCGCAGUCGCUGCUCCCGGUGGCGCUUGUUACCAAUGCCUCCGUGCACGUGCUAAUGUACGCAUACUACUUGCUGUGCGCACUUGGGGGGCGUCCAUGGUGGAAGGUUUUGGUCACCAACUGUCAGAUUAUACAAUUCGUCUUCAGCUUCAUGGUGUCGGGUCUGAUGUUGUAUUACCAUUUCACCGGGUCGGGUUGCUCUGGAUUCUCGGGUUGGUGCUUCAAUGCGGUUUUCAACGCCUCUCUUUUAGCUCUCUUCGUUAACUUCCAUUUCAAGAAUUACGCCAAAAGGAAGAAGGCCAAUCGUAACACCAAAUCAAAACCCUUGUGAUAAAGUACCACCAUUGAUUAACAAUGUACACUUGCAAACGCGAGGUUACCCAGAAGACCAGAUGGAACAAUCAAUAAAUUUAGCCAUGGUUGGUUUUUGGGUCUUUUUGAUUUUGCGAUUUCAAUCUUCAUGGUUUAAUUUUAAACCAAUUUUGUUAUGAUUUGGGGUAUGUUCAACGAACGUGAAUGAAUUCCAAGAUCAAAAUGACAUUUGAGAAC